AAACAUAAAGACGUAUUCGACCCACAAAGAAAAAAAUACAUGAGAUGAAAGGAAUAUUAAAAAAUUAUGUAGGAAAAACGGGAAAUUGAAAUACACAUCCCUAAACUGCGAAGAAAGAUCACCCAAGAGUCCACAAGAAAUACCCAGACCCACCGACAUGCACGACUCUCAUAACGCACCCCUGACUCAUCCACAGGAAGGUCCGCGGCGACCCUGGUGAAAAUCACAAAAAAUAACUGAAUGAAGACCAUCAAUAUUGUCGUGCGUAGAAAAUUGAUUGGUAAAGAAGGCUCAAACCGCCUUGUCGGAGAAUAUCUCCUCGACCUUCUCCAGGUACCGACAACGGUGUUGUUCAUGCGCGCGCCGAGAACGCCUUCCCCGCAUCUGAGGAGCCUGAUGACGGAGAACAAGGAGAGUUUGGAUACGUCGUUGGAUCAAAUACGGGCCAAAGGCGGUGAACGGGAGCGAAAGGUGAUUGGGGUUAGUUGUAAGGCAGCGGACAUUGUUGCUCCUCUACGCAAGAAAAAAAGGAUAAACUUUGUUAUAUUAGGGUUUGGAGGCGUGUGA